UCGCUUUCAACCAUCGUCACGUUUAUGUUUCUACCGCCAUAUAUACCAGUCCUCCCCCGCUAUCCUCAAGUUUCUGGCGCCCAGAGUACCCUACGUCUGCUUCAUGUCCCUAUAUACCGUUCUGCCUUCAACACCACGUCUAGACGAGCUCGUCGCCGCUGUGAUUUUAGGCGACCAGUCUUCUCUCCCCACGAAGGGAGGCGCCGUAUUAAAUCAAUAUGCAUGGCCGAGAGAGCAGGAAGUAGCGGUUAAGGAAGAGGUUUUCCGCAGGGCCCGCGAAGUCGAAGCCGCGGUAUCUUGGGCAACCGUGAAGGCUCCAAAGACAAAGCUAGUGCCGGUCCGUCUGAUAUCUGGAGAACUCACCACUGGGCCGGACAAUCUCGCUAUUCUUCUCCCUUUCCAACCUCGCGAAGUCCUCGAGCAGGCAGAAUUGCAGACUUGGAGAAAGGGAACUAGUCGAUGGAAGACAAAGUUAAUGCCCGGCUUGAUUUUGAUCCACCCCAGCGUCUGCUUCAUAAUGCCAGACAAUGUCCCCUUUGGUCCCCUUCUCUGUAAUAUACUACCGUCGGAUAAUGCCAAGCAGCCAGAAGGGAGCGAAGGAUAACUACCGUGCUUGCGCCCAUGUCCUCUCCCACCCCAGGAUAUAUAGUGUAUCCUCUUCGCGCAAAUAAUCGCUUAAUCGUUUAGGUGACUGAGGGCUUCGCGCCCAUUCGUUCAACUCUGCUUCUUGAUUAGGUGUCCGCGACCGCUCGGAAGUACCGCCUGCCGCUCCAUCGAGACCCUUCGCACCAUCCGAAUGUAC